UGUAAUCAACCGAGGCGGUUUCACAUAGAAUCAUAUUCGCCUGAUUCUGAUGUACUUACAUCAUUUGUUUUACCAACAAUUGGCUUCUGCAUUGCGAUCAUCAUUGCAAUGCUCUGUGGAAUUCAUAAAAUUAGGGAGUGGGAAUUGGAAAAAAUCAUUGAAACUCGAAGAAAACGACGGGUUGUUGAGAGAAUCACAAGGUGUUUACGGGAGAAGAAUUUGCAGACACUAGAACGUAAGUGGAAAAAUUUUCUAUUAUAUUACUUCGAUCUUGGAAUAUUCAAGGAUACCUCUUUAUGCCAUGCUUCUAAACUACCAGUACCACUUUGUCCAAGAAAUUUUGCGGAAGUAGAAAUACCAGCAAACACAUGA